AUGUUUAAUCGUUUCUUAUUGUUUCUGCUGUUGGCGCACUGCCUGUUUGUCGCGCACUGGGUACACUUUGGAAACGGGGCUGCUGACGCUUCGAUUGUUAUUGUGGCUACCAAUGUCACCUUCCAAGAUCGUAUAGCAGCUUUCGGUCCUCGCCUAACCGAAGAAGGCCUCACAGGCAAUCUGGUAACGGCUGCCAGUAUCGACAAAAAUAACGUCAAAGGCUGUGAAAGAUUUAAAAAGCCAAUCGUCGGCAAAGAUUUGAUUAUUCUUAUCGAACGAGGUGAAUGCUCAUUCAUCGACAAGGUGCGCAACAUGCAAGCUGAGGGAUUUGUUGCUGUCGUUGUUGGGGAUCCUGUACAUCGAACUUUGAUUACUAUGUAUGCUACGGGGGAUACACGAGAUGUACAAAUACCUUCCGUCUUUGUUGGACAAGAUGACUACCAAAAGUUGACACAACUCUCAGAAAUGGAGGAGGGUGUUUUAAUAAAGCUUACAAAAGACGAUAUUUUGCAACCAUUAUUAGAUGUCAUUAUCGUGGUCAUUCUUUCUCCGACUAUAAUGAUGAUAUUCAUCUACAUCGUUUGGCGUAUCCGCCGACGACAGAGACGAAGACAAGACAUUGCUCCUCCUCAAGUCGUUUGUAAUCUUCCUAUUAAAAUCUAUUAUACGUCUAGAAGACAGGAGAAUGAUCCUACCGAAUGUUGUAUCUGUCUGGAAGAUUACCAAGAUAAAGACGAACUCCGAAUCAUGCCUUGUAAACACGAAUUCCACGUUGCUUGUAUCGAUAGUUGGUUGACGAGACAAAAAGGAUUUUGUCCAAUCUGUAAACGUGAUGUCUGUACGGCAACGGAAGAAACGCCUCUGUUGCCCUGA